AUGCCUGCCUCAUUCUCCUCUAGCGAGCGCUCUGGCUCCGUCAAGUCGCACCACAGCCCCAAGUCUUCACUACAGAGCAAGGCCGACCCCAACAUGGCCCUAUAUGAAGAGCAACCCAUUGCUGUCAAUACCCAACCAGGAACCACUCAAUUCUCUCUCCGAAGCAUUCAGCACAAAGACCGCGAAGGGAAGCUCAUCUCGGACCCCGAUCUUUCCAAUCCCACCAGAAGUCGUCUCGAGCGUCCCCUAGACACAAUUCGGUCGUUCGACGCAGCGAUUGACGCACACCGGAAACAGAACAGGAUGUGA